AUGGAUCGCUUUUCUUGGGCGAAUGGACUACUAGAGAUAAAUGAAACAUUAGUGAUUCAACAGAGAGGUGUUCGGCUGUACGAUGGGGACGACAAGGCUAAACUGGAUGUAGGAGCUGUCUUACUUACAACUCAUCGACUAAUGUGGAGGGAUGUUAAAAGCCAUGAUUGUUGUAUAUCUAUGCCACUCUCUCAAAUUAUAUUCUUCGAGGAGCAAGCUGCAGGUAUAGGCAAAAGUGCUAAAAUUGUCAUUCACCUGCACCCCCUUCCUGCCAAUAAAGAACCUGGUCCCUACCAGCACAGUAAAUACUCCUAUAUCAAGUUAUCUUUUAAAGAACAUGGACAGAUUGAGUUUUACAGGAGAUUAUCUGAAGAGAUGACAAAACGAAGAUGGGAAAAUACACCAGCGUCACAACCUAUACCCACAGGAACUGGCAGUCAGGCAGGAAGAACACGUGCUGUGGGCAUUGUUGGCAUUGAACGAAAGAUCGAAGAAAAAAGGAAAGAGACAGACAAAAACAUCUCUGAGGCAUUUGAGGAUCUUAGUAAACUAAUGGUGAAGGCCAAGGAGAUGGUUGAAGUUUCCAAAUCUAUAGCAAACAAGAUAAAAGACAAACAGGGUGACAUAUCUGAAGAUGAGACCAUACGAUUCAAGUCCUAUUUAUUGAGUAUGGGAAUAGCAAACCCUGUGACAAGAGAAACACACGGAUCGGGCACACAUUACCAUAUGCAGCUCGCAAAGCAGCUCGGGGAUAUGCUUCAAGCUCCACUAGAGGAGCGUGGUGGAAUGAUGUCACUCACUGAAGUCUAUUGUCUUGUCAACCGGGCACGAGGGAUGGAGCUGCUUUCUCCAGAAGAUUUGCUAAAUGCAUGCAAGAUGUUCGAGUCCUUAAAGCUACCUGUCAGGUUGCGUGUGUUUGACAGUGGUGUGAUGGUGGUCCAGCUGCAGUCCCACAGUGAAGAGGAAAUGAUCGCCUCAGCGCUGGACAAUGUGUCAGAGAAGGGGUCUUUGACAGCAGAAGAGUUUGCUAAACUUUUGGGACUUUCAGUUCUUUUAUCCAAAGAACGGUUGUUGCUCGCUGAGAAGAUGGGUCACCUGUGUAGGGAUGACUCUGUUGAGGGUUUGAGAUUUUACCCAAAUCUAUUUGCUUGA